AUGGCCACCACUAGAGCACUAGUGAUGAUUCGAACAGGUAAGAAAAAAUUAAAAGAUCUACUGCAGCAAAGUGAUAAUCGUACUUGUGCUGAUUGUGGUGCGCACGACCCUAAAUGGGCGUCACCCACCAUUGGAGUGUUUAUAUGCUUGAAAUGCUGUGGUGGGCACAGACUUCUUGGUCCAAAUAUUUCAAAGGUUUUAUCAGUGACAAUUGAUGAGUGGACCGAUGAAGAAAUCGAUGCCAUGAUCGAAGUUGGAGGAAAUAGUUCUGCAAAUGCAAUAUAUGAAGCCCAUGUUCCCGACGGAGUUAAGCCUGGGCCAGAUGCUAGCAGUGAGCAACGUAACAAGUAUAUCAGGUCCAAGUAUGAGCAUCAAGAGUUCUUAAAACCAGGUUUAAAGAUCUCAAAUAGGAGCGUGCCCCAACCGAGUCCACCCAAAGAGAAUAGUUUUCAUGCUCCAAGUUCAAGUUCAAAUCCAACGCCAAAACCUGAAUGCUUGGAUGGAGCUAUUGGACACUUGAAGAUCACAGUUCUUCAAGGCGCAAAUCUAGCUGUCCGCGAUAUGCUUUCAAGUGAUCCUUAUGUUGUUCUUCAACUAGGAGAGCAGAAGGCCCAAACUACCAUCAUGAGGAGCAACUUGAAUCCAAUCUGGAAUGAAGACCUAAUGCUCGCCGUCCCUGAGGACUAUGGGCCCGUUAAAUUGCAAGUGUUUGAUUACGAUAGAUUCUCGGCUGAUGAUAUAAUGGGGGAAGCAGAAAUCGACAUUGCGCCAAUGCUGACAUCAGCAAUGGCAUACGGAGACGCUUCAAUGUUUGGGGACAUGCAGAUAGGUAAGUGGCUGAAAUCACACGACAACGCACUGCUAGAAGACAGCACUGUAAAUAUAGUUGACGGGAAGGUAAAACAAGAGGUUUCACUUCAACUGCAGAAUGUAGAAUCCGGGAUGAUAUAUCUUGAAAUAGAGUGGAUACCCCCUUAACGGUAAGUACUACUACGCGUGUCUGUAUGUGUGUUGUGUGUGUAUAGCUCAUUCGUUAUUUCAUUCAUAUAUUUUAUAUCUAAAAUAAAUGUUCUUGGUUGCAUAAAUAACCAAAAAGAAUGACUUUGUACACCCGUUAAUCGUUAUUUAUGGCAUUCU